AUGGCAGACAAGGCUUGCAUUAAACGUCUUCAGAAGGAAUACCGUGCUUUGUGUAAAGUAAGUUUCUUACAUGUUCGAAUAGCGAUUUUUUUAAUUUUCCUUACAUAAAGUUUUUAUUUCUUUAUCUAUGUACUCCUUAGUAGACGGUUCGAACCAUUUGAAAAUCAACUUGGACCAUAUCGUUCUAAUUAACUCUGGACACUGGGGCCACAGAAAUUUUGGUAACCAGAAUUUUAGGAUUUAAUUGUAAUACACUACAGACAAACAUCCCUUGAUAAUUUUGCAGUGGGGAGUGUCACACAAUGGUUUGAUCCAGAUCUGCUGGUGUCGUAUUAUUUUUCAGCAUAUGAUUUCUGGUUUUCUUCUUGGCAUUCCUAUUAUUGUGUCUUAGAAUGAGCACUGAGUCGUUUGCCAUUCCUCUCAAAUUCUCUUGUAGCUAUCUAGAUGUUUUGUCCAAAUUCUGUUUGAUUCGUUACUUCUUUCCUGGAUUUCCUUUUCAUCUAAUGCCAGUGAUAUAUGAUCUUUUAGGAACCAGUCUCCCAAGUCUCUGCUCGUCCCUCACCAAAUGAUAUCCUAGAGUGGCGUAAGUGGAUAAUUCUUUUUAUUUCAAUGUCCAAUUUUUGUAAUAGUUAAUUCCAUUCUUCCGUGGUUGAUGAUGAGUUUCUUGUGUAAACUUAUUAUUUGCCUCGUGAGAAAUCUUUCACUCAUAAUUUCGUCCAGAAACAGUAGGUAGUGGCUGAAUAGUUGAUUGCCUUACAGUAAGGGAAAGAAACAUAGUGAAGCCAUGGAGUGUUCAAUAAUUAUUAUGUUACUGAUGCUUUCUGGUUAGACCCACUGCAUAUUUAAAAUCUAGUUGUAUUUCUUUUGGUUUUUAUCUCAUGAAUUUUGAGACAGCGACUUAUUGGUUUAGUCAUCUUGUGGAAAUGAUGGUGUGGUGAAUCCAUUUAUUUCCAUCAAAUGUUCGAAUUGUAUCAGUGAUGAAAACUGGUAAUCUAUAUAUUACGAUGGAAUCUUAGCAAUUCCUAAUUUUCAGUUUCCAUGUUUUAUCUGUUGAUUUUUCUUCAUACUGGUCGUGAUACCUAAUCAUGGCCCCUCCCUUUUAUAAUUGCACAGUAUUAUCUUUGCACAAUACUUGUAUUGCCUAUAACCAGUUUCAAACGUUUUUAAAAGAAAUCUCAACGCCACAAUAGUACCGCAAGGAGAAUUCCAUUUUCAUCUCUCAGACCAGUAGUGUGAAGUUUAAACUGAUAUCACACAAGUUACUCUGUCCACCUCUGUGCUUUGUAAUGAUUCUCAAUUUGAUUUUUCAAUUGUCUGUCAGUAUUCAUCUAAUCUUUUUAAUUUAUAGUCAUUUUGGCCCUUCUGGUAAGUAGUUUUUUCUUUUCCUUUUUUAAUAAUCUUCUUUGAUUCUUUUAUUAUUGUUUAUUGUUGAAAAAUCAUCUGUCGAUCGUAAGUGUUGAUGCUUACUUUGGUUCAGCAAGAAUUUAGCCAUAUGUAAAUAUGGACAAAAACAUAUUAUUUCCUAGGUAAAUAAUAAGUGUUAUUCUUCGAAUAAAGUAGGUUGGCCAUGAACUGAUUCAUCCAGUUGAAAGGAGUCAGGCAUAAUUGUAGAUAGAUAUUCUAUAAAAACGUUGUGAGGGUCAGAAUGCCCAUAUGGUUCAUGUUUCAACCAAAGAUUUUAAGGUAACUAUGCUAACUAAUCAACGGCUAUUCCUAGUAUACAAUUUUUUUCUUAGGGUAUUGAGCCUCUUUUCUUCCAUUUAUUCAAAUCAUAAUUUUUUUUUAAAACCCUCUGUAUGGCUUUAAAUUCUACCUCCAGCUGCACAGUCUCAAACAGGUUCCCAUUUGUGUUUAUCUGUGGUUUCGUUCAUCGAGUAUUAUUAAUGUUAAAGCAUCUUAAAUCCUUAGCUGCUUCGAAUUGUUUACGCCCAUACGAAAUUUUAUACAUUCUGAACUUUCAGAUUAUGUGCUCGAGGGAAGUGAAGGCACACCAUUUGCAGGUAUGAGCUUCUUUGGAUUUUUUUCUUUUUUUCCUUCAUUUGCAAAAUUAUAUAAUAUAUGGGGCAUGCCUGUUGGGUUACCAGAAAAAUGUUGCCCUUCUUAAAUGGGAAAGAAAAACAACCUCUACGUUUUAAAAGUUGAGGUUGUUGUGAUGUUUUUUGUCCUAGGCAUGAACUUUGAAGUCGGAAAGUGAAAUACGUCUUGUCCCUUUCCUGCUAUGGAAUUUCCAUACGUUGUUUUGGAUAUUAUUUUCGUGAUCAAUUGGAUUUUAACUGUGAUCAGUCUCGUGAAUGCCAAUUUAAUCUUAAAACUGUGUGGAAUUCAUAGAGGGCAAAUACUUGAAGUGGAGUCCAUUGCUGUCCUAUGAUUGGCUGAUUUUGGUCCAUUUCUGGUCAAUUCUUGGACUUCAGUUUCCCUCACAUUUUGGCAAUCUUACCUCUUUUAACCUUAAGACAAGUACUGAACUGGCAGUCAAUUAUAUAGAAUCCCGGCCAAACCUGCUGAUAAUUUUGAUGGGUGACAUUUGGUAAAACUCACAAGCAGGGGAGCAAAAUGGGGUCCUAAACCUGCUGAAUCUGCUUCCCACGUUGUUUCCUUUCCUACUAUAUAUUUUUUAGUUCUUUGUUUUUUUAACUGCUUACAUAUUUCCUUAUUUAUUUCGUGAAGGUGGAUGUUACUAUGGAAAAAUCAAGUUUCCUCCAGAAUAUCCAUACAAACCCCCUAGCAUAAGGUAUGCUUAAGCCCAUGAUCGUCUGUAUCUCAUUAUUCUGAUAACUAUGAUUAUAUGCUAUGAGCUUUACGUAGAAAACUCAUUUCCUUUUCUUAUUUUGUCUGUAUCUUAGCAUGACCACUCCGAAUGGACGGUUUGCCCCUCACAAAAAGAUCUGCCUAUCUAUGAGUGAUUGUAAGGACGACUUCUGUUUUGCCCCUGUUAUGUCUAUCAAUUCAAAUUUUAAUGUUCCCUUUUCAUCUUCCUCAGUCCAUCCCGAGACCUGGAAUCCCAUGUGGUCCAUAUCAAGGUGACUUAUAGUGUUCACAGUUUGGUAUAAUUUUCGUAUUUUUUUCUUGUGAAAUAUUUUAGGAGAUUUAUCUUUUGCUGAAAGAUUAACUCGUUGCAUUUUUUUUAUUUAUCUUCUUUCCUUUCGUGAAUGCAGCAUACUUACGGGCCUCCUGUCCUUCAUGGUGAGUCCCUCGAUAUCCUUUGUUAUUUUGAUUUUGCUCCAAGCUCGCCACAGAUCCCAGAGAACAUUAAUCUCAUUUCGAUCAAUAGAAAUAGUGAAAGAGAAUGGAAUAGUUCCAGAAGAAGAGUAUCGCAUAAAUAAUGCUAUCCUCUCUGGGAAAUCUGGCCUCUCCCUACAGACUCCUAAUUUAGACAGUGUGAGCGUGCAAGCAGCUAUUUCUUGGAUCAGCCUAGCGUUUGAAUUUACCGUUCAAAUACGUUGACUUCUUUCAGAUAGAAACUAUUUGCCCUCUCCCAUGAAAUGCAUUUUCAGACAAGGUGGGGCAUACUAUGUUAGGAAACUAUAAUCCCAUAAGAUAUAUCCGAGUAAAUAGAUCUUGCUUUGAUUUUUUUGCCUUUUUCUUUUCUUACCUUUUUUGUUUUCGGAUGCAGAUGGAUGAUGGCCAGACUACGGGUAGCAUUAAGACAUCAGACGAGGAAAAGAGACACCUGGCUCGCCUUUCCCUUGCAUACAACUGUGAGAGGUCACUAUCUCAUCCUUGUCUUGUUUAUUUCUUUAUUGCAGAAUUAUCUGUUGCGAAGGAUGAAUGGAGUUAAUUUCAUCUGUAGCUGAUUUCUGACAGAUUCUUUGAAGUAGGUAAUUCAUGUUCUUAUGAUAAAACAGGACGGUAGAACUGCGCAAAUAAGUGUUCCAAUGAUUAAAAAAAAUAUUCUUAUUAACUUUUUUUCAAGGUAAUUUUUAUGUUAUAAUGGCGACUAUGUGAUUAUCAUCAAAUUCGAAGGAAAUAUCUCAGACAACUAUCAUCUAGUGUUUUAUGCCGCAGUUUAACCAGAAAUCUUGGAGAAUCUAACUGUAAAUCUGUCAAUCGCAGCAAGAACUGCCCCAAUUUCCGGAAACUAUUCCCAGAGUACGUCGAGAAGCACAACCAGCUGAAGAUCAAGGAGCAGGAGUCAACCGCAGAGAGGGAACCGCAGGGCCAUCCCGGUCCGCCGCCUGUUCUCGAGCGGCGGCAUCCCAUGAGAGCAGAAGCCGCCGCCGCUGCCGGCCCACCCGAUGCUGAAGCUCCCAGGCGGCGACCAAAGAAGGUGCCCAUCUGGCUGCUCGUUCUGCUGGCUUCACUCUUCGGCUUUGUCAUGGCCCUGCCGCUGCUUCAGCUAUGA